CUUUAUAGUCGCGGAUGUGAAGCUGCUCUUGUUGUCAUGUGACGGUAGUCCACGAUUCACAAAACCUGUCAAAAAAACGAAUAAUUUAAUCAAGGAACCGUCGUUUCUCUGCUGCAUUGUUGUGGAGAACAGUUGCAUUGUUCGUCUCAAUGGAUUUUAUUGGACAUCUUUGGAUUGUACUUUGUAUUACAGUGUUUUCGUGUGCACGUGCAGACUACUCUCAGAUUGACCCACUGAUAUAUGAGGAGCAGCUGAUGUGGGUCGGUGGUGGAGCUGGUGAGGUGAACACCUAUCGGAUCCCUCUGCUCACCUACACAUUAAAAGGUAGUUUGCUGGCGUUCUCUGAAGCCAGAAAACAGUCCUCCAGUGACAUCGGGGCGAAGUUCAUUGCAAUGAGACGCUCCACAGACAAAGGAGUCACCUGGUCCCCCACCUCAUUUAUAGUGGAUGAUGGUGCACUAGCGGAUGGGUUGAAUCUGGGUUCGGUUGUUGUGGAUGAGGAGACUGGUGCAGUGAUACUAAUCUACUCUCUGUGCUUCCACCGUUACCAGUGUAACCCCUCCAGCACCAUGCUUGUGGAGAGUCUGAAUGAUGGGCUCACCUGGAGCACCCCAAGAAACCUCUCCAUUGAGCUGGGGGUGAAGAGCUUUGCUCCUGGGCCUGGCUUUGGUAUACAGAAACGCUAUCGCCCUAAUGUUGGCCGUUUGGUGGUGUGUGGCCACGGUUCCAUUGCUGGUGAUGGAGUCUUCUGCAUCCUGAGUGAUGAUCAUGGUAAAUCCUGGAGAUAUGGAGCUGCUCUGAAGAGCAUCCCUUACAACCAGCCUAAACAAGAUCUGGACUUCAACCCAGAUGAGUGUCAGCCAGUGGAACUGCAGGACGGAAGCAUAGUCAUCAAUGUACGCAACCAGAACAACUACCACUGCCGCUGUCGAAUAGUGGUACGGAGUCUGGAUGGAGGCGAGUCUCUGCCCGUAGAGGAGUUGGUAUUUGACAAAACACUGGUGGAUCCUGCUGUUGCAGCCGGUGCCCUGCAGAAACAAGGAGUUAUGUAUUUCACCAACCCAGCCAGCUCUCAACAUAGAAUCAAUCUGACUCUUCGCUGGUCUUUCACUGAUGGACAGUCAUGGGAAAAGGAAGCGGUCCAGAUCUGGGCAGGGCCAAGUGGUUAUUCCUCUAUGACAUCACUCAAAGGGGAUUCUCCCGAUGACAAGAAAUACAUCUUUGUCAUUUAUGAAAAGGGCCAUAAAGAGUACACUGAGACCAUCUCUUUCACUAAAAUCCAUCUAUAUGGAGGCAAAUAGAAUACAGGAGCAAGAGCUAAGAAUAAAGGGAAAUUCAGGACUUUUUAAAGACAUUUUCUAAGCUAUGGUUUCAGUCUGAUCCGAAAUCAUUUAAAAACAUUUUUCCAAUAAGUUUUGAUUUCCGGCUAGUCAGUGCCAUUGCACUGCUUGGCUAAGUCUAAAUUAGAGAAAGUUUACAAGAAGCAUGACAUGAACCACUCCAAAAAGAAUCAGAAAUCCUGGUUUAAUGUGACACUGAUAUAAUUUUGAUACAAUUAUGAUUGUAUUCACUGGUGUUUUAACAUUGUCACGCCAAUGCACAAAACUUGCUAAAAUAGAAGUGGCUUGAUAAAAAUUAUUUAUCAGUUUUAUCAAAAUAUUCAUCAGUUUCCUGCAGUUAGACUGCUGCACCUGCAAUUGCACAUGGGUUUUUUGAGACUGUACUGUUUGAUUGUUUUUAAACAGCUCGUGCUGUUUUUCUUGAUGAUUUUUUCACUUGUUGAAUAGGUUAAAUGGUUUUAUAUGUUGUACAGUAAUGUAAACUAAACUUCAUAUACAACCCAAUUCCGAAAAAGUUGGGACAGUAUGAAAAAUGCUAAUAAAAACAAAAAGAAGAUAUAUUGAAAGCACCACAAUUACACAUAAUAUGAUGUUUUACCUUGUGAUUUUUUUUUUUUUUUGAAAAUGUACAGUAAUUUCAAAUCAGAUGAUUGCAUCAUGCUCCAGGGGCAAUUUAAGACUAAAAACAAUUUGUCGAGUUGAAAUAAGGUGAUGUGAAACAGGAGAUGUGAAACAGGUGAGGCAAUUGUGUCAUAGUACUGUAUACUGUAUAAGGAGCCUCCAAAAACAGUCUAGUCCUUCAAGAGCAAGGAUCGUUCAAGACAUGCCAGUUCGGGGGACCUGGGUAGCUCAGUGGUAAAAGACGCUGGCUACCACCCCUGGAGUUCGCUAGCUUGAAUCCCAGGGCGUGCUGAGUGACUCCAGCCAGGUGCAAAUUAAGACUUUACUAUGCAAAAAGUGGAAACAAUGCUUUUUAGAUGGAAAGUAGAACAGUGGAACUGUGUUUUUUGGUCCAAAGAGUCCACAUUUCAAUAAGUUUUUGAAAGAACAGCCGUCGUGUUAUCUGGGCCACGAUGUUAUUAGCAUCAGGUCCAAAAGCCAGUGUCUGUAUGGACCAGGGAUGUGUCAGUGCCCAUGGCAUGGAUAACUCGCACAUCUGUGAGAACACCAUGAAUGCAGGCAGAUACAGUAUGUUCAAAUGUUGGAGCGACAUAUACUGCCAUCCAGCACCGUCUUUUCCAGGGAUGUCCUUGCAUUUUCCAGCAAGACAACUUCAAACCACAUACUGCCCAGGUUACAAGUGCAUGGCUGUGUAAGCAGAGAGUGUGGGUGCUAGAUUGGCCUGCCUGCAGUCCUGACCUGUUUCCAAUUGAGAAUGUGUGGUGCAUUAUGAAGCGCACAAUAUGGCAACGAAGACCCCGUACAAUUGUGCAGCAAAAGACCUACAUAAUGGAUGAAUGGGGGAAAAUUCCACUUUCUAAAUUUAAUAAACUUGUGUCUUCAGUGCAUAAAUGCUUAAGUGUUAUUAGAAGAAAUGGUGAUGUUUCACAGUGGUAAACACCCGAGUGUACCAACUUUUUAAGAGCGUGUUGCAAUCAUCUGAUUUGAAAUUACUGUACAUUUUAAAACAAACAAUUAAAUUCACAGGGUAAAACAUCAUAUAAUGUGUAGGUGUAGAGCUUUUGAUAUAGCAAAGGGUGAUUAUAAUUUACAAAUCACUCCUUUUUGUUUUUAUUAUCAUUUCCAUACUGUCCCAACUUUUUCGGAAUUGGGGUUGUAUGAAGAUAAAGUUUUCUGAAACUGCAUAACAAUAAGUGUUUUCAAUAUGUUGAAUUUCUCUACUUUUUCCUGGUUUUGAUUGAAUUGACAGAGCCCUCUAAUAUUACUGAUACACACUGGAAGACAAAAGGACUUGUGACAAGUAAUAAAAGCCUACUGAAUAUGA